GGGCGCUAGCUGUUGGAGUUUGUGGGUUUCAGAUUGAAGUGGUUUUACUGUUCGGUCGACGUGUUGUUUUGAUUGAUGGGCCCUGGGAAUUUGAUUUUUUAGGAUAAAUAUAUAAGAUUUCUAGGGAAUUACGGGAUAUGGAUCCUGCGUUGUUGAGGGAGCGGGAGCUCUUCAAGAAGAGGGCAAUAUCAACACCUGUAAUCGAAAAAAAGAAAAGAGAACCUGAGAAAGAGCCCAGUCGAGAUGAGCAGACUAAGAAGAAACAAAAAGUUUCCUCCGUGUCGAGUGCUCCUAAACUCGACAAUGUUACCUACAAAACAAUGCCUGGUAGUUCACAGUAUAAGUUUGGAGUGCUGGCAAAAAUUGUGAAACACAUGAAAACGAGGCAUCAAGACGGAGAUGAUCAUCCUUUGACGUUAGAUGAUAUUUUAGAUGAGACGAAUCAACUGGAUGUGGGGUCAAAAGUCAAACAAUGGUUGGCUACUGAAGCUCUCAUUCAAAAUCCAAAAAUUGAUGUAGUCGAUAACAAAUUUGUAUUCAGACCUACGUACAAAUUAAGAGACAAAAAAUCAUUACUGAGACUAUUGAAGCAACAGGAUUUGAAAGGACUCGGCGGGAUAUUGUUGGACGAUAUCCAGGAGAGUUUACCUCAUUGUGAUCGAGCUCUGAAGCAUUUGCAGCACGAGAUUCUCUUCAUAGUUCGACCCCUCGACAAGAAGAAAAUAGUAUUUUACAACGACAAAACAGCUCAGUUACCAAUCGACGAGGAAUUUCAGAAACUCUGGCGUGCAGUGGCUGUAGAUGCAAUGGACGAUCAGAAAAUCGACGAAUACUUGGAGAAACAAGGUAUAAGAUCGAUGCAGGAUCAUGGACCAAAGAAGCCAGCUCCAAUAAAACGAAAGAAACCAAACAACAAACGAAAGAAUCUCAAGAAACCCAGAGACAACGAACAUUUGGCUGAUGUGCUAGAAACCUACGAUGAGAAUAAGUGAGCGAUUAAUCGUGAGAUCGUCUCGAUGAGUGUAUAAAUUAAUCUAGCCAAUUGAACUCUUUUAAAUAAAUAUAUAAUUUUUAUAAUCACAAGUUA